AUGAAUGUUGAGGCUCCUAUUAAGUACGUACAGCUGGCCACGGCGUGUUUGUCCAAUGGCGAGCAGCUGGUGUUUUGCGACUCCGAGGGAACGGAUCUUCAGUACAGUUGGGCUCUCAACCAUCAAAGACUGGAGGACACGGCGCUUCUCUCUGGACAUAUCCAUUCGAAGAGUAUCAUCCUCAAACAGCAUGUCUCAGGAUGGCUGGUGUGCAAUGUCAGGAAUCACAUCAGUGAUGACAAAGGAGGAGUUGACAUAGAUACUUGUGGCACAACUCCUCUUGCUGCGUCUGGCUCAGCAGCCGUGUCUCCUGACCCCUUGUAUGAGGCAGCCUCAUCUUUACUCCCAACUGAAGGAGAGCCAACACCAUCUUCACUUUUGUCAGGGAGGAGUGUAGAGAGCCAAAAAGACAUUGCUACUGGCACUGGCUCCACAGAUGGGGAAAAUAACAGACGUGAGACCCCAGAAAGAGACAGAGAAAUGGAGGAUGCAGCAGAUAAUUUUCUGUCGGAGGACCCAGUUCUCUUGUGUCUCUACGGAAACGUGAGCUGCCUGGAGGUGACACCGCAUGAUGGCGAGCUGGUCUUGGCCGCUGGCUCCUCUCUCACACUCAACUGCUCUGGAUCCGGGAACACUACCUGGGAGUUCAAGAGGAAAGAUGUUCCUAAUUUUCAGGUUGAACUAGGCCUUCAUGGUGUGCAGAGCUACCAAAUAGUGCAAAAUGGUGCAAACUCUAGCACUCUGAGCCUGUGGAACGUAAGUUGGAAGCACACCGGCGUGUAUUUGUGCACUGAUCAACAUACUGGAGAAAGGAAGGAAGUGAAUGUGUUUGUCCCAGGUUUGGACUGCCCGACUGUUACGGCACAUUUUAAGUAUGCUCAUGGCAUGAUAACCAAGACCAGUGAGCUUACCACCAUCCCCUGUGUGGUCACCAACCCCAAGAUCAGUGUCUCCUUGUAUGAGGAGGAUAUUGACCUGCCAGUCAAAGGGCACUACAUCCCGAGUGAGGGCUACACUGCCACCCUAGAGGACAGGACGUAUUUUUGUCGCGGGGAGAUGAACGGAGAGGUGAAAGAAUCCCAGGAUUUCGUGGUCUUUAGUGUGUUUGUGUCUGAGUCCAUGGAUGUAUACAUCAACUCAUCAAAGACGGUGCUGAAGCAGGGUGAGCCGCUAACAGUCAACUGCACUGUACAUGGAGCAGAACUUGUCUAUUUUUCUUGGGACAUCCCCAACAAGGAGGGUGCUGACGUGGCACUACGAACAGAAUUCGUGUCACCAACAAGCAUGAGAUCCUGCCUCAUUUUUCCUCAUGCCACGCUGGCCCACAGCGGAAAGUAUGUGUGCCAUGUCCAAGAAGUGGUCUUGGAUCAGACGGCUUCCUCCAGUGUCAACAUCACAGUACUCGAACGAGGAUUUGUGAAAAUACAGCCCGCUGAGGAUAGCCACGUUUCGGCCCGGCUGCAGCAGGACGCAGUGCUGAGGGUGAAAGUGGAAGCCUAUCCUGCCCCUCAGGUCAGCUGGAGCAAAGGUGGCGCUGCCAUCAAAGGGAACACAAUCAUUGUAUUCAGAAAAGAACAUGGGACCAGAUAUGUCAGCAUCCUCAGGUUGGUGCGGGUGAGGCGGCAACAGAAAGGCCACUACACUGCCCGGGUCACCAAUGGAGAUGACACUAAGGAAGUGACUUUUGACUUGGAAGUCCAAGUUCCCUCUCAGAUUAAAAGUCUGACUGAGCUCCGCCUUCCCGGGAAGCGGCACCUUGUUACCUGUGUAGCUGAAGGGGUCCCUACCCCGACCAUCCAGUGGUACAGCUGCGACAGUAUGCUCAAGUGCAAUACCGAGACUACAAUAUGGCAACCGCUGGUAACGGAAGCAGACCUGCUGAGCAUCCAGACGAACAUCACUUACAGCGAGAGCCGUAAAACAAGUCAGGUGUGGAGCUGGCUGACCUUCCACAAGCCGCAGCACGCCAAUGUUCGCUGUGAGUCCAACAACCAGUUGGCGAUGGUUGGCAGAAGAGAUGUCAAAGUGGUGUCCAGCAGCACGCCACCGAGUACCUUCUGCGUGCCGCUAAGCCGUCGCAUAACCCCCCGCCCCCUGCAUGCCCACUCGCUUGCUGUCGGGCCACUCGCCCACCACCCCACCGGCCUCGCGCUGGGGCGGGGAUCCGUCCAGCCGGCAAAUUGGCACCUGUGCCAGGCCUCUGUCUGGCUCGAUGAGUGGAUCCGGACUGGCGGGGGCAGCUACGUUCGUAACGGAUAUCCGCCCGCCCCGGCUGGCUCGCCGCGGCAUAUUCGGGGCCUGGCUCUGCUUCAGACGGAGGCGCACGGCGUGGGGGAACGCUCGAGAAACCCGCCCCGCCGUGGCGGCCUGCAAGGACUGGCCAGAAUUGGCGAGCCCCCGGCAGCGAGCAAGUCUGCUCACCGUUCCCCUGCUGCGGGCUCGUUGCAGGGUACGCAGCUGGAGAAUGACCGCCAGACAAACCGGCUGACGUCGCAGGAGCGUGUGGCUGCCCGAGCCCAAGCCAAGGAUAGGUCUAUUAUACUUCGUCAUGCCAAGUCUCCUGUUGCCACCAUUCAUCUGGUCUCCAUGACUCUGUCCAACGGAGAGCAGCUGGUGUAUUGUUCCUCCAAAAGAGGGGACAACCUUCAUUACAGGUGGAGUCUGAACCAAAAACCAUUGCUGGACACGGAUUUAGUUCAUGGACAUGUUCAGGCAAGCAACAUCACUCUGAAACGACACAUCUCAGGACAGCUAGUCUGCUCUGUUCGAAAUAACGUCAGUGAAAACCAGGAAGGAGUUUGUCUGUCUUGUGAUUUAGGGAUGAUAAUUCGUACCAGUGUUUUGUCAGUGAUCAUUCUCACAGUGAUCACAGUUGUGAUCUACACUCUGAAGAGAAGCAACAAGACACAUGAAGUUACAGAAAACCUGGAAUUAAUUGAUGUGAAUACAUGA